GGCUGAGACACCAUCAUCACACCAUCACUUUUGCAGUGACUCGGGCGCACAGGUACUCCCUUAUUCUGGUCCUUCGUCUGAGCGUCACGCGAAGAGCAGAGAGCCCGGCCUUGGCGACACGGCGGCAUAGAGGUAUACAGAGGGGCUGAGCAGGACGGAACAAGUGGGCUUGGAAGAAGAGGCAAGAAGAUGUCAUCGCGGGCACCGCACGAUGUCGUCGUGCUCCUUGAAAAGAUGGAGUCCCCGGACGCCGACUUCAGGUACAUGGCCCUCAAUGACCUGAUGAACGAGGCUCGAAAGGAGACGUUCAACGCUGUUGGGCCUGUCAUGCAAGAGAAGUCGAUUGAGCGUGUAUUAGAGCUCAUCAAGGACAAGAAUGGCGAGGUCAAGAACAUGAGCGUCAAGUGCCUGGGCAUCCUCGUCAAGACAGUAAGAGACAAGCAGAUGCAGACCAUCGUCGAUCGGCUCGUCGAAUAUGUUUCUUCAAAGGAGGAGGACCUGAGAGACAUUGCCUCUUUGGGCCUCAAGACCGUCAUGGCAGAAGUGCCAGCCGACAGCGAGCUGGCCGUCUCGGCCGGAAACAAGCUUGUUCCCCGGCUCCUUGCUCAGAUCUCGGACCCAAGUGCCUCGCAAGAGCUCCUCAUCGACUCCCUCGAUGUCAUUGCAGACUACUUUACCCGCUUCUCAGCAAUCGUCGCAACCAACGUACAGCUGCAGGUAAACGCCUCGCAGGUGCUCCUCAGCGCCCUGAGCCACACUCGAGCCACAGUGCGAAAGCGUGCGAUGCUUGGCCUGGGCGCUCUGGGUGCCUGCUCGACCUCCGAGGUCUUCACAGGCCUGGCCGAGUUCAUCGCCGCAACGCUCGUGGACAACAAGAGCAGCACAGAUGUCGUCAAGGCUGUCGUUCAGCUCCAGGGGACGCUGGCGAGAACGUGCCCCAGGAGGCUAGGCAGGCGGCUCCCAGAAUUCAUGCCAAGAGUGCUCGCUAUCACGUCGAGCGCCAGGGCAGAGGAGGACGAUGAAUUGCGGGAGGUCUGCUUGCAGGCCAUGGAGUCCAUCUUGCUGCGGUGUCACACGGAAGUCACUCCAUUCGUCACUCAGAUCGUCGAGUUGUCAGUUGAGCUCAUCAAGUACGACCCAAACUACGCAGGUGGCGACGAUGACUCAGACGAGGAGAUGGCAGAGGAUGAUGACGUCGACGAAGAUGAUGACUUUAUCGAUGACGAGUAUUCGGACGACGACGAUCUCUCCUGGAAGGUCCGUCGAGCAUCAGCAAAGGUGCUCCACACGACUAUCACGACAAGGUCCGAAUUGCUUUCUUCUUUCGCCGUUGCGAUAACACCUACCCUCAUCUCUCGCUUCUCAGAGCGGGAAGAGAGUGUGCGUCUCGAGGUACUCAGCACCUUUUUGGCUUUCUUGCGACAAGUGCAGAUUUUUGGAGGUGGUGCACAAGCCACUGAGGUGAUGCGACCGUCCCCUGGCGCGCUGAAACGCAAGCGAGAAGCGAUUGAGGCUGAAGUCAAUUCGUCAAGCCCGAGAGCUCAGCUCAAGAACUUGGAGCCGGCCAUUGCAAAGGCGCUGUCAAAGCAGAUUGUGUCCAAAUCGAUGCCGACGAGAUUCUCCAGCUACGCCGUCCUACGCGAGCUCAUAACCGUCCUCGGGGGUGGUCUCGACGCUCACAUCGGUCUGCUCGUUGGUCAGACAGAGAGGGCGAUCAAGGGCGCAGAAGCGGCAAGCGGACCGAGCGCUAAUCUCAAAGCCGAAAUUCUCUCUUUCCUACGCCUCCUCUUUCGCUGCCAUGCGCCGCGCACGUUUGAAGACCAUCUGCCAAACCUGCUCUCCUUUGUCGUCUCCGCCAUCGACGGCAAUUCGCAGCGCGACACCACGGAAGCCUUCAGCGUCUGUUCGCAGCUCGUCAUCGUCUUGCGACCAUUGCCAGGCGAUGUCAUCACCUCUUCAGGAGUGGCGCCGCGCGUGGGCAACUACAAGAAACCGAUCGAGGCCAUGUAUACCGCGGUCGUAGCGCGCAUUUCGCGGAGCGACUCGGACCAGGAGGUCAAGGAAAGGGGUAUCGCCACAUUAGGGACCAUGCUUGCCCAUGCCGGCGACGAUCUGUCGGACAAGCAGCAAGAGGCCCUGCCUCUGCUCAUUGACCGGCUUCGAAACGAGGUGACGCGCCUUGUUGCUGUCAAGGUUGUUGCCGAAGUCGCUUCGUCGCCCAUCAUCCGCGGAGAGAUGUUCGACACCUUCGUGCAGGAUUCGAUCAACGAGGUGGCCACUCUGCUGCGGAAGAGCAAUCGUGUGCUCAAGUUAUCAGCCUUUGACUGUCUCGCGUCGCUGCUGAAAAGGUCUGGCGAUCACUUGGCCGCCGCAUCUGCCAAUCUCAUCGUCACAGAAAUUGAGCCGCUGCUGACCCACGAGUCCAACUUUACUCUCGUGCCCGUGGCCCUGCAAUCAGUCAACCUGAUCCUCGCAUCGAAUCAAGCGGCGCACAGUGGCGUCCAAACAUCAAUCCUUCCAGCCAUCUACAGCAUGGUGCGCUCUCCAUUGCUCCAGGGCCCAGGCUUGGAGGCUGUCCUCGAGUUUCUUCAGUCAAUGCUACGCGUCGAUGCCAGCUUGACGCAGGACGUCCUCAAAAAUCUCAUGGCAGCGUUGCAGACAGUCAAGAAGUCAAGCUCGCCUUCGGCCACCCACAUCAACUCGACGGUAGCCCAGUGCAUCGGUGCUGUCGUUAAGGCGAACCCUUCAGCAGGAGCUUCAGUCAUCGAGUCAGCCUCUCAAGUCAUCAACGACGCGUCGUCGCACACUGAGGCUGAGCUGUACUUCAACCUCCUUGUCUUGGGUGAAGUGGGCCGUCUGGAGGACUUCGCAAAAAGGAGAGCACUUUUUGACAUGGUCCUCAGCUUCUUCGAGGCAAAGGCAGAGGAGGUCAAGGGUGCCGCGGCCUUUGCGGUCGGCAACAUGUCCGUGGGUAACCUCGAAGCCUUCCUACCUGUCAUUGAGCAGCAGAUGGCCGGAGGAGAUAACCGACGCCGCUUGCUGGCUCUGAGCGCGCUGAAGGAGCUCAUAUCGCACGGGAGCGCACAGCAGCUCAGCGUCGUCGCGAACCGGAUCUGGGCUCCACUGUUUGACAUUUGCAACACCACCGACGAGGCCACGAGAAAUCUCGGGGCCGAGUGCUUGGCUAGGCUCACCCUGACGGACCCGGCGCGCUACUUGCCUCAGCUUCAGGGCCGUCUCCACGAUCCGGUAGCGACGACUCGUGCGGCCGUCAUUGCCGCCAUUCGCUACACGCUGACAGGCAAGGAGUCUUCGCAGUACGAUGUGGAGCUUGCACCGACCAUGGUCGAGUUCCUCUCGCUGCUCAAGGAUGACGACCUCGACGUGCGCCGACACGCCAUGUUCGCUCUUAAUUCGGCCGCUCAUCACAAGCCCUCUCUCAUCCGUUCCCACCUCUCCGUCCUGCUUCCUUCGAUGUACGAACAGACGAUUCCCCGGCCGGAGCUUCUCCGGAAAGUCACCAUGGGUCCUUUCACGGUCACGAUGGACGACGGAUUGGAGCUGAGGAAGAAUGCAUUUGAGACGAUGUACACGCUCCUCGACACUUGCUUUGGUCAGAUCAAGAUCGAGGAGCUACUGAGCAGGGUCAUUGCAGGCCUGACAGACGAUGACGGCAUCAAGGUCCUCUGCUACCUCAUGCUCGUCAGGCUGGUCGCACUAGCGCCUGCCCACAUCUCCCAGCACCUUGAUGAUCUCGUCGAGCCAAUGACGUCUACGCUCAAGGUUAAGCUGCGGGACCAAGCGACGAAGCAGGAAGUCGAAAAGAGCACGGAGCUGCACCGCGCCAUCUUCCGCGCCAUGAUUGCCCUCGAACGGCUGCCGAUCCAGCAGGCCCAGCAGGGCGGCGGGGCAGCGCCGAGCAGUGCGAGGUUCGAGGCGCUGGUCCGGGAGGCAAGGAGCGGGAAUGCGCUCUAUCGUGAGGUCGAAAAUGGUGUCAGGGCUGAUGCGGUUGGGGCAGGGGCUAUGGGGUACAACGGGAUGGAAAUCGACGGCUAGAUCAUGACGACUCAGCUUGCAUGGAAAGGGAGGGCUCUCGUGUUCAUUCAAUGUCAAAGACUCUCUUCUUCUGCCUCAACACUCAAUCAACAAAUGGAGAUGAGAAAGAUCAAGGGCCGAGAGAAAAGAGAAUGAUCGUUAGAUUCGUAGAGGUAGACGGACGACGUAGCAAGGUAAGGAGAAUAUUGCGAUGAGAAAAUAUCUUAUGACGGUAACGACAAUGUAUGAAAAGAGAGUGAA